CCUGGGAACCGGAGCACGGAGCGCGUAGAGAUCUUUCAGCGUUUGUGCGUUUUAAUCUUUACCAGCGGAGCGGACGCGUUGACGCACAACUUGAGCGUGCACCUUACUCUCACUUAAGUCUAUUAAAACAACUACAGUCUCGCUUUAUUUCUGCUCGUUAAGUGAACUUUGUGGAGAUGGUGUAACCUUUGAGCAUCACCGCGCCGGACGCACAGACGAAACGUGGUGCGCGGAGAGGAGAGGACGACUGAACGCACUUUUUAAAAAUCCACUUUACUUUGAUACACGAGGGAUACGUGAGUGCGCCGGCAACGAGAAAAAAGAGAGACAGUGAGGUUGGAGACUCGCGAACAGAGGAGGAGAGAGAGCAGCCAGCAGCGCGCAGAUUUUCAGUCCGCGGAGCUUGAGAUGGACGUGAGGUUUUACCCAGCUCCCCCUGCAAGCGUGGGCUCCCACACGUUACCGACAGAUUCCACUUUGGACUAUUACCACUCCAACAAGAACAGAUACUCCGCAGCAGCAGACCGGGGUGUGCGACUCUACAGCUCCCUGCCCAUGCGCCCAAACCCUGACGGCAAGAGACUGCCCUCUACUGGGUUUGACGGUGAGAAUAUGUACAUGAAUGAAAACAACCACGAGUUCCUCCCGCCAAAUCAGAACUACACAGGCCAGAGCGGAGGAGGAGGAGGGGGCGGGAAUAACGGUGGCGGCAACGGAGACGAGGACUACGAGAUCCCGCCCAUCACCCCGCCCAACCACCCCGAGCCCCCCCUCCUGCACCUGAUGGAGCACGACUCCGCAGGAUACCUGUGCCACUCCCUCCCCCACAACGGACUCCUCAACCCCUACUCCUACCCUGAGCUGCCCACCCUCAUGAUGUCCAACAUGCUGGCCCAGGACGGACACCUCGUCUCCAGCCAGAUGCACUCGAUGCAGGAGAUGGCUCUGCACCAACAGCACCCAGAGGCCACCCAUUAUGAGCGUAGGCACCCAAUGCUAAACCGCUCCGCUCCGAUACUGCCCCACCCCAUGAGCACCCUGUCCCAGCUAAAGCCUCAAGUGGGCUCCCCCUCUCCUCCUGGGAGCAAAUCGGCCACGCCCUCCCCAUCCAGCUCCAAUCAGGAAGAGGAGACUGAUCCUCAUGCCAAGUUAACGGGUGAGAAGAGGCCGUCAUCAGACAUGCUAAAGCCCAAGCCCAAACAACAGAAAAAGAAGAAGAAGAAGGACCCAAACGAGCCCACCAAGCCAGUUUCCGCCUACGCCCUGUUCUUCAGAGACACACAGGCGGCCAUUAAGGGUCAGAACCCCAACGCCACCUUCGGAGACGUGUCCAAGAUCGUGGCCUCCAUGUGGGACGGGCUGGGAGAGGAGCAGAAACAGAGCUACAAGAGGAAAACAGAGGCUGCUAAGAAGGAGUACCUGAAAGCCCUGGCCGCCUACAGAGCCAGUCUGGUUUCCAAGUCUUAUAACGACCCAGUGGAGCCCAAGAAUGCGCAGACGAGCCAGGCGUCUCCUCACAUGAUGCCAGCCAACCCCCCUCUGUACAGUGUGCCCCCUCAGCCAUCGUCCCCGUACCUGGGCCCAGGAGCCUUUCCUCUCACUGACCUGCAGAGCUACACAGGCCACGCCCCCCGCCACGCCCUGUCGCAGACGCUCAGCCAAUCACAGAUGCUGCCCAGCAUUAGUGCCUCUCCCCCCUCCUCCUUCCAGAUCAGCCCGCCCCUGCACCCGCACCAGCAGCUCUCCCUGCACCAGAGCUCGCUGCUCAACCAGCCGAUCCGCAUGCAGCAAGUCCAGUCCCAGCCAAUCAUCUCCCACCAGAUGGGGCUGCAGGCCUCGCUCCACUCCCCGCCUCCUGGUCAGCAGGGUUUCUCUCACCUCCAGUCCGAGUAUCAGAAGAGUAUGGGGGGCUCUCAGUCUCCAGGGGCCCCUGGCUCAGGUCCUGGCCCUGGUGUGGCCCCGAGUCACGACUGGGACAGUGAAUACUGUAAUCGAGAGUGUGGCAACCACUGCAGUGGCAGCAUGAUAGGCAGGGACAAGCCUCUCUACCUCACCUGAAACUGAAGAUCCGAUCGGUCAAACACACACAGAGGAUUCUACAGUGGCCCCUCCUGACCCGCUCCCCCUUGACCCCGCCCCCUGCAUCGCCCCGCCCCUUUCCACCAUCUCCCCCCCUGACCUCAGACACACGCAUACAUUCACAUCCAUAUGAACCUCCACGCCUCCUUUUUGUCAGUGUAACCAUUCUUACUCUCCAAAAAUUUGUGAGCAGUUUUUUGACUAUAGAUGACUACUGUCUGUACCACAUAUGUAUUAGCAGUCUUCUUGCUGUUUAAAUUUGCCAAGCACUUAUACGACUCCGCUCCCCCUGCUCUUGUUUUUAUUUUUUGGGAGUUUUUGUGUCCUCUUCAAAGCGAUCCGAAAUGGGCUACGGAGCAAACGGGAUCUCACCCAGCUUUAAAUUGCAAUGAAUGGGAAAAAAGACUGGCAUUUUUUGAGUUUUAUUUUAUUCUUUCUCUUGUUGAUGUUGUUUAUUAAUAUCUGAGUUAUGGCCCA